CUCUCUGUCACAAUUUUCUCUAGUAUAUAUAUAAUAAAAUAUAAUUCAUUUUGGAUUAAUUCCGCUAAUGUAAGUUGAACUUGUAUGUUCAUAUUCAAAUAAAAAAAUAUUUUUCAUAUAUAUAAGUUUCCAAUAAGUUUCCAUACAUGACAAUCUUUUCCGAACUUUCCAAUAAGAAACACGUUAAAUAUUAUAAAAGGUAAAACUUUUGUUGGAGAGACUACAAGAAAUCUGUAACGAACUAAAAGAUGAAAACGAAAUCAAUAUUAUGGAAGAAUAUGGAAACAACACGAAACGUUAUACUGCUGUAAUUAUAUUUUUUACUAUAUGCAGCUUAUUUAUUGCAUACAUAACGCCAUUUUUGAUGCCGAUGCUUAGUAUUAUUUUACACAUAAAUAAAUCUGAGCCAUAUCAAAUGCUAUAUUUUAUGACUGAAUACUUUAUCGAUCAAGAAAAGUAUUCUUACUUAAUUUUGUUGCAUAUCAAUAUAGUCUUAUCUAUUGGAGCGACUACAGUAACAGCAACAGGAACAAUGCUCAGAGGAUGCCUCAUACAUGCUUGUGGAAUGUUUAAAAUUGCCAGGUAUUCCGAAUUUUUAUUAUCCAGUUUUCAAGGAUCCUUUUUUUUGAUAAUAUUAGUCAGUGUAAUUUCCUUGAGUCUCAAUCUUUUUUCAGUUUUCCAGUCUGCAUCGCUUGGAAAUAAUCAGGAAUGCGUACUGCAUGUUGUUAUUUUGUCUGUCCUUCUUUUAUAUAUGUUCUUAGCUAACUAUGUCGGACAAGAAGUUGCAGAUCACAAUAAUUAUGUAUAUACUACUGCAUAUAAUGUUCGCUGGUAUACAGCACCAUUAUCUAUACAGAAAUUGAUAUUAUUUUUGUUACAAAGAGGUAACAAAACUUUUAGUCUAAACGUUGGUGGAUUAUUUGCAGCAUCUUUAAAAUGCUUCGCCUCGUUAACAAGUGCAUCAAUAUCUUACUUCACUGUUAUAUACUCUACACAACAAUGA